GACUAUGUUAGUAAAGUCAAACAGCUAGUCGUGGGCAGGCCGUCACUGCUGACUGAGCACUCCAAGUCUUCUGAUAAACUCGUCUUAAUGGAGAAGUUGGAGACAGAGUGGAGGUCAGGGCCGUUUGGGAGCUGAGAGGAGGGAGGAGGUGUUAUUAGGCUGCUUUGUAAUUAUUCGCCUCUCUUUGUUUAGAGAGUUCAGGACAGCGGCUGAUCUGGCUACUUUAAAGCCACACUGUCAGGGUGACGCUCACUCCCAUCCUGCUCCGCACUCGCGAAUCUCUCUGAACAGGGCAGGACUAGAGUAGUUCUCUGACUGUAGAGGACACAAGAUAACCAUCCUAACUGAUGUACUGAUUCGACCACAUGCCGUUUCCUCAUCUUCAUUUAAUUCUUCAUUUUGAAGCAAAGGGUUCCUUGUUUCUUAGCUAAGCCUAAAACUGCAGUUUGAAGAUCGAGAGCGUAGUCUGACCCAAUCUCAACUUAAGCGCUGAUUGACCUUCUCAUUGGACACCAACAGGGAUACAGGGAUAUUCUGGCUUUCCUCAUACGAAGAGAGGCCUACAGUAGCUGAAAGGAGCAACCACUGGACACACCGAUGGAGCCUCAGGUAUCAUGUGCUUUACUGCUGCUGGUAGGUUUGGUGAUGUUGGGUGCAGAGGGUCGUGACAGCUCCAAAAGUGAGGGUGCUCAGAAACGUCCGUCACGCUCAUCUGAGCAGAAAGCAGGACGCUGCUCCUACACCUUCAUCGUUCCCCAGCAGAAGCUGAAGGGGGCGCUGUGCGUGAGCACGGAGACGGCCCGGGCCAACAGCUCAGAGACGGUCGCCCUGCGAGCUUUGCUUGAUCGGCAGCAACAGCAGCUGGAGAUCCUGCGCGGGCGGCUGGAGCAGGAGGGGGCGCUGGCGAGCGAGGUCAGCGUGCUGCGGCGAGAGAGCAGCAGCAUGAAUGCCCGCAUCACCCAGCUGUAUGCCCAGCUGCUGCACGAGAUCAUCCACAAGCAGGACCAGGCACUGGAGCAGCGACGUCUGGAGAGCCAGCUGCUGAACGCAACCUCACAGGUGCUACAGCUAACCAACAACUAUAGGGAUUUGGAGAGGAAGUAUGAGGCCCUUGCCACUCUGGUGAGCAACCAGAGUCAGCUGGUGAUACGCUUAGAGAAACACUGCCAGCUCAGCGACGCCAUCAAAGCACAGGAAGCCGAGCUGUCCGAAAGACUGCAGAACAGCUCUGAGUCUAAAUCUGCAGUCAGCAACAUUCAAAGGGACCAGAGCGCCUCCCUGCACAAGGAGGAAACACUACAGGAAGUUCAAGAGUUCUUUACUCCAUCAUCAGAGCUUCCUACAGACGCACCGUUCAUCAGUUUCCCUGUCACUAAGACUCCAGGUCCAUGGCGGGACUGCCAGCACGUUCUGGACUCUGGCGAAAUUACAAGUGGAAUCUACCUGCUGCGCCCACGCCAGUCCAACCGCCUGCUACAGGCAUGGUGUGAGCACGGACGUGCACAAGGCGGCUGGACCGUCAUCCAGAGGAGGCAGGAUGGCUCCGUCAACUUCUUCAGGAACUGGGAGCAGUAUAAGCAAGGCUUCGGGAAUCUGGAUGGUGAGUAUUGGCUGGGUCUGGAGCACCUGUACUGGCUGACCUCUCAGGCCUCCUACAAGCUAAGAGUGGUCAUGGAGGACUGGCAGGGGCGGCAGGUGUUUGCCGAGUAUGACAACUUUCGUGUGGAGCCCGAGAGCGACUGGUACCGUCUGAGGCUGGGAAAUUACCAAGGCAACGCCGGCGACUCUCUCUCGUGGCAUAGCAACAAAGCUUUCACCACUCUGGACCGCGACAAGGAUGCGUACUCAGGUAACUGUGCUCACUACCAGAAGGGUGGCUGGUGGUACCACAUGUGUGCCCACUCUAACCUGAAUGGGGUGUGGUAUAGAGGAGGGCACUACCGAAGCCGCUACCAGGAUGGAGUCUACUGGGCCGAGUUCCACGGAGGCUCGUACUCCUUGAAGAAGGUCGCCAUGAUGAUCAAGCCUAUUUAACGAGAACAUGUGUUCUGAGAUGGACAAAGAUCUAGUGAAGAGAAGCAGACAGGACAUUUUCAUAUAGGGAGAUCAUCCAGAUACAGGACACAGCAAUAAGAGUUUAAAGGCUUCACAAAACUGGGUUCUGUAUAAUUUAAAGAUUGUAUCCUUUAGGUACUUUUUUAUCUAGAAGUAGUUGUAAACUUUAGUGUAGAUCAUACAGUACUGUGUAAAGUCAGUGGCCACCCUUCAUUAUACACUUGCAUAAGGAAGGAGAAGGUCAAAUGAAAAGUCAUUAAAACAGGAGUUUCCAAAGCUGGAGUUCAAAGGAUUAAUAAAAGUCGUAGAGUAAAUGGGACUGCUAACAAUGUGAAAGAGCAGCAGAACAGUCCCCAUCAGAUAAACAGUACUUAAAGUUUUCAUCUUUGAUAGGGAGGAGAAAAUCAAGCUCCACUCUUGCUUCAUCCUUCCACUGUGAGGAGACAACUCAGCAAUCUUGGUCUGAAAGGAUGUGUAGCAGUUCAAGAAGCCCUUACUGAG